UCACUGCGUUGCACACUUUUGACCAAAAUUAUAAUACCCUCUGCAAGGGUAUAAAAAAAUGAAAGCUGCUUGGUGGUUAGGGGCUUUGCUUAUCCCAAUAUUCAUUCAAAAGAUAACAAAAUGUGUUUUACUCAUUUUCCGGAUAUGCUAAAAAACAACGAAGUAAUCAUUUUAUUCUUUUAUUUUCCCAACUUAUUUUCCACUCCGAAUCGGUUCAGUGUAUGGCGAGUGGCCAAAUAUUUGUGCUGAGCCAAACACAAGGUUUUUGAACCUUUGGCCGCUGGCUGAGCAGGAAAGCCAGCUGUUGCAAACGCACGCGCAUCCUGCGCGCAAUCGUCCUCGGGGUGGGUUGACUCGAUGAAAGGAGAGAGGGUUGUUGAGUGAGUGGCUUUUCGAGUGGGUUCCUGCACAUCCUUGAGCAACAGAGAGCUCAGUUUCGAGCGCCAAAUAAAUGCUAACGAGCUGAGCUGCGAAACUUGAAAACUGUCAUUAAACUUCAAACAAAAAGUAUGCAAAGUUUGGAUUAUUUUGUAUCGGUCGACUGAGAUUUAAUUGCCGACCCAGCUUUAGAAACAUGCCCAAUGUCCGAAUAAAGCGGAAAGAGCUCUAUGUUCCGCAAUAAAGCCAAGUUGCAUCGGAACAAUUGCGGAAUAGCCACAUAAUCAUAAACAAGCGGACAGGCUAAAGCAAUUGACACGAGCAACAAAAGCGGCACAAUAAUGGAGGCAGCACGGAAAUUGCGUAUACGCCGUGUGGCCUCUUGUUGCUCUCGGGUUUGUUUUGUUUCCUGCCGCAGGCGGGCACGCAACAAACAAAAGGAAGAAGUCAAAUGGCAUAAUAAACGUAUUUAUCAAGGGGCCCGAAAUGAGCAUAUGACGCUGAAUCCUUACCCCAGCCGGAGGUGUGUGUUUGUUUUUUGUGUUUGGAGCGCAGCCUCCCACACGGCUGCCCUGACAUUUGAACCAUCCAACCUUGGAUAUUGCCAAAUGUGGUCCUUCAGUUUUAAGCCUACAAAGUUGUUCGCUAAGCCUGCGAAAAGUACGGAACGGGAACGGUAGAAAACUACGGCAUAAACAUAUAGAAGAGGUCUGUCAAUGCAUUUGAGGGCCGUUGGCUCAGCGCUCACCGAAUACAUAGGCGGCAAGGACGAUUGAGCGAGAGCCCGAGUGGGCGGCAGCCCCACUCCCAAACCCCCUCCCCUAGUGGUCCGAGUCCAAAAGCCGAAGCGGCGAAGGCGACUGGCGGCGGGCGCGGUUUGGCAACAGGGACCUACAUUCGGUCGUAUCCUGUCUGUCGGCUCUUAUCGGCUCGAGUUGGCCUGAAAACCGAGCUGCCGCCGCCGCAGUGCCAGCAGUCCUCAUUCAGACGCGAAUCCGUUGACUACGCGGUCGCCCCAGGGGCGGAUGACUAUAUCCAUUCCAGCGGAUCGGCGACCCACAACAUCGCAUCACGGAAACGACCACGCGUAGUGUUAACCUUUCGAGUGUCCAUGUCCUGCCGAUUUACCCGGGGGAGUGUUUGUGUUUGUGGUGCACCUGCAAGUGUGGACGUUUCGAUUCGCGGGCGUCCUCGAAGAGUUGCAGUUUGCUGUGCAGUUUCUACCACUGACAGUUUAAUUAGUUUAGCGCCUCGGUGUUGACACUUAGUCUUACGCCCAUUGGGCUCUAGGGUCUAAGGACCCAGUUUAAGGACUAUCGGCUCUGGCAUCUCCCUCCGAGAUGGCCAGCAGGCAUGUAAGCUCAAUUAGGUCCCCAGCACUUUCACGCUCGAAGAGGGAGCCCAAUCCAAUUUCGAACGGAACACCAGCUUCGGAGCUACACACAAAAAAGCUGACUUUUAACUUAGUAUCAACAGCUUAAAACUUCUUAACUGAUUGCACUACUACUGAAACAUGAAUACUGCUUUUUCAGUAAUUAUUUUUUCUUGGUAUAACAAGUAUAUGAUUAAUUUAUAUAUAUUUAUAUUACUUAUGUAUAUUUCAAAAAUUGUUUUUUUCUUUAAAACCGCUUGGCUUUAAAUGUGAAAUUUUGCUUAAUUUAAAUAUAAGCAUACAUUUUUCCAAAUGAAGAUUCAUCCAAUUAAAUAACAGGAAAUAUAUGCGGUAUAUAUUUAAAGAAAAGUUAUUUAAGCUUUAUGUACAAGUUUGAAUUUUGAAUUGUUACUUAACUUAAAUUGAAAAUUAAAUAAGCAUUAAAUAAUCAGCAUUGUUAAUGAACCUAUUUAAAAGUAUAGUUAGAUAUGGCCACUUUAACGCAUAAAUAAUAAUAACUGGAAUAUACAAUUUUUCACAAACUCCAGUGACAUUCUAAAUUUUAAAUCUUAAUUUUAUCGAAAUGGCAAAUUGCCGAAUGCAUUCAAGAGAAAGUUCUGAUAAUACAUUUGUAGAAAAGUUAAUCAUUAUUUUUUACGGUGCUUGGACAGUUUGAAUUUUGUGCCGAGGGGUUCUUGGUCGCCAGUUUGUCUGAUGUAGACACUCCCAUGGAGCCGCACAAAAGAAUGUCGCCCUGGAUUCGUUUGUUACCAAUUGUUUCAAUGCUUACUGGCAAUUUUUCGGCACUCAAUCGAAGAGUGCUGCGUGCGCUUGGCAGUUGUGCUUAAUGGAAUUUUUAUGCGCUGCUAUUGAGUCGCUCAAUUGCUCUUUGGCUCGAUGUUUGUUUGCCGAUUUUUUGAGGUCAAAGUGCACGCUCCCUGGCUUUUCAAUUGUGCCAAAAACAGCAGCCAAACAAUGGGAAAAAUGACAUUAAAAUUAAUUAGCGACGCGCAUGUGUUGGAACUGCGGCUGUGACCAUGUCCCUGAGCCCAGUCUCUCGGUACCCCGAUCCCCUCCAGCAGUAUUUAUCCAGGCACAGGCACCCAGCAUUUGGCCUUAUCUGAAAUAUGCACACGAGGCCUUGGGCCGCCGACUUUUUCGUAAUGCCAGCCAAGGCAACGUCAACCAGCUGACGAACGACCGAACGACCCAGCCAUUUCCCUCCGCAGUCGGAUUCGCAUCCGAAACGGCAACACACUGUUGUAGGUGAAUUCCAAAAAUCCUUGGGCGCCAAAGCCAGUUGCUAGGAAACUGCAUCUGUUGUGCAACUUCAGGGCACACCAAACGCACAUAUCCCCCAGAUGAACGAGACAUUGUCGGACGGAAGUGCUAAUCAAGCUGUUGUCUAAUCCAAAAGGCACGAAACUUCCUGCAUAUCCUACAACACCAACGAAAUGCCAAGAGACGAUGCCAUUUUUAUAGACAUUUUCUAAGCAGUUAGAUUCGAACAGAGAUAGCGAAGGCGAGGCGCCAGUGAAAGUGCCGUCCGUCCAAUCAAGACGGCCGGGUGAUGGCAGCCAGCGGUCGGAUUCGCAAGCGAAAGCAUAAGAGCCACUCAAGUGGCGACAUUCCAAAUCCGACGACCACAACGGCCACGUCGGCCAGCACGGCGGCAGUGUCGCCUGAAAAAGUCGAGGAGACAAUGGAGGAGGCCGCCCUCUCCGGGGAUUAUAAUAAUUUCACGCAUAAUUUCGUCGAUUUGCAGAACCUCUUGAGUUUCAACGAACUGAAUGGCAGCAGCUCCUCGAGCGCGUCGAGUGCCAUUAAGCUGAGUAACGGCGCCGUCAGGGACACUCUGCUGGGCACGGUCCUGACCACGGCCACCGCCACGGUGGCUCCGGCAGCCAGUUCCCUGAUAGCCACCUUGGUGGCGACCACCACCGCGUCGGCGCGCGGAUCUCUGCCGGGCAGAUCCCUGGCCAUUGCCGACGCCACCCCAUCCACCUACUACGCCAACUUGCUGAACCUCUCGCCGGCCACUACGAGCCUGAUCUCGGCGGCAGCGGCCACCAAGUCGUACAACGACAGUGCCCUCCGGUGGGAGCAGCUGGACGGGAGCGUGGACUUCGGGUUCGACCCGCUGUACCGCCACUCGCUGGCCAUGUCCAUGGUGUACUGCGUGGCGUACAUCGUGGUCUUCCUGGUGGGUCUCGUCGGGAACAGCUUCGUGAUUGCCGUUGUCCUGCGGGCGCCCCGCAUGCGUACGGUGACGAACUACUUCAUCGUCAAUCUGGCCAUCGCGGACAUCCUGGUCAUUGUCUUCUGCCUGCCGGCCACUCUGAUUGGCAACAUCUUUGUGCCCUGGAUGCUCGGAUGGCUGAUGUGCAAGUUUGUGCCCUACAUACAGGGUGUCUCCGUGGCAGCCUCGGUUUACAGCCUAAUUGCCGUUUCCCUGGACAGGUUCAUUGCCAUCUGGUGGCCCCUGAAGCAGAUGACAAAGCGACGUGCCCGCAUCAUGAUAAUCGGCAUAUGGGUAAUCGCGCUGGUGACCACCAUCCCCUGGCUGCUCUUCUUCGACCUGGUGCCCGCCGAGGAGGUGUUCUCCGACGCACUGGUCUCGGCCUACUCGCAGCCCCAGUUCCUCUGCCAGGAGGUCUGGCCCCCGGGCACCGACGGCAACCUGUACUUCCUGCUGGCCAACCUAGUGGCCUGCUACCUGCUGCCCAUGUCCUUGAUCACGCUCUGCUACGUGCUCAUCUGGAUCAAGGUCUCCACGCGGUCGAUUCCCGGGGAGUCGAAGGACGCCCAAAUGGACCGCAUGCAGCAGAAGAGCAAGGUGAAGGUCAUCAAGAUGCUGGUGGCCGUGGUCAUCCUGUUCGUGCUCUCCUGGCUGCCGCUCUACGUCAUCUUUGCGAGGAUCAAGUUUGGAUCGGACAUCUCGCAGGAGGAGUUCGAGAUCCUCAAGAAGGUGAUGCCUGUGGCCCAGUGGCUGGGCUCCUCGAACAGCUGCAUUAACCCCAUCCUCUACUCGGUGAACAAGAAGUAUCGACGCGGGUUCGCUGCCAUCAUCAAGUCGCGCAGCUGCUGCGGCCGCCUCAGGUACUACGACAACGUGGCCAUCGCUUCCAGCACCACCAGCACCCGGAAGUCGUCGCACUACCACCAGAACAGCUCCCGGAAGAGCCCGAGCAGCAAGAACAACGCAGUGUCCUAUAUCUACGAGCACAACUCGCUGCGGCGCCACAACAUGAUGCUCAAGCAGGACAGCAACCUGUCGCAGCAGAUGCUGCUCAAGCAGGACUCGCACGGCUCGCGCCAGUUCCUCAUCAAGCAGGAGAGCUCCUGCAGCGACGCCUCCGGCAUCCGACGACCGCUGUGCCAGCAGGACAGCAACGGCUCCAAGGUGUCGCUGUCAAAGCAGGACUCGAUUGUGUCCUACAUGGAGGCGCGGCGGGCCGCCGGCCACGGCCUAAACGAUUCCUUGGUGGACAGGGAGAAUGUCUCCGCGGAUUCGCGACGCCCGGGCGCCACUCCGAGCUCCCUGCUGGACAAGCGGCAGAAGUUCGUCAAGCAGGACUCGGUGAUCUCGUUCGUGGACCAGCGACCGGAACAACGACGCCAUCAGCUGGUCAAGCAGGACUCGGUGAUUUCCUUCGCCGACCAGCGACGCGGACUGCUUCACAAACAGGAUUCGCUAAUCGCCAACCGGGCGGGCGAUGCUCCGACACACCACGUCUCCAUACUGAAGAAGACCGACUCUCAGCUCAGCUACGGAAGCUCUACUUCUCCGCGCAGGAAUGCGGAUCUAUACGAAUAGGCAACGAACUCCUUACUCUGGUGGGAACCACCUACCACUUGUGUGGGUCGAUUUUCGGGCAACAAAAAAAUACUAAAUCAGGGGGUUCAUGUGACCUAUGGGCUUUUUAGCACAAUUAAAAUAUAAUUUGACCUAUAUAUACUUUUUAAAAAGAAUAAGAGCAUGGAUCACAUAUACCCCAAGAUUUUUGCUAUGCAAAUCGAUCCACCCCAACAUACAAACUAACGCAACGAUACCAAAAACUUACCGAACCACAAGAUAAAUCCUUGUAUAUUUCUAAAGCAGCUAGACAGACAUGGAUCGAAUGUAAUUAGAGUGAUACGCCUACGACUGUGAUACAAGUCGGCAGUGCUGGUGGGUUCAGAACUUGAGCUAGUCUGUGCCGCACAUAUCCGUCAUCGUCGUUGAGAUAGGAUAGUGGAUAGAAGAUAGAGGAUAGUGGAUAGAGAGCCAGUAGGGACGGACAUCGGGAUGGACCAAUCGGGGUGGGUGUAUCUAAUCAGAGAUCGCUUAGCUAGAAACAGACACGCCACACGGGCACGGAAAACAGGAAUACACCACACACCACAGACACUCCCCACAGACCUAAUAGUUAAUAGAUGUUUUAUACGUGUUUCAGCGGUACUACACAAGAUAUGAACUACUCCUUGGCUAUGGCUAUAUAAUACCUACAUGUACCGUUACGCAGUUUUAAGAUUGUUUGUACUCGCAAUUUGCUAUAUCGAAAAGUUUGGUUAAGUGUGGGUGGAAAAUCGUGGGAUUCGAAGGGGUUAAAAUAGCUUUGCUAAACUUUUUGUACGACGGCGAACGUGAGUGAAACGGGCAAGUCCAGUAUCAUAGUUGAGAAACGAAACAAAACAAAAUGAGAUAACACCGAGGUCUAAAGUAACGUACCUACUAAAUUUUUGUAUGGAAAUUCUUACAAUUUAUACAUAUAUAUUUAUAUUGAUUUUGAAAUAAGCAAUAUGCAAUACAAGCGUAUGUCUGCGCGUACGCCGUGUAUCUAUCAAACAACAAUAAUCAAUUUUAAUAGGAUUUACACAACCGAGUCGCUCAGCGGAAAUGGCACAGCACCGGAAAAUGGUUAGUAAACGCAAUACAACGGAAGUUCGAAUGAUUGGCACAACAUCAUAGUUUAGUUAUCGGGCACGAAGUCGGCCAAUCGCCGAUUUAUUCGAUAGCGAUAUCGAUCGGCAGAGGAAGGGGUAGCGGUAGUGGUAGAGAAGGCAUCGAACGCGCACAACCUAGCACUUGACCAUGCUGGGACAGAGUCGACGGGGUGGGGGUAGAUUAGGGAUUAGGGACUAUGGAUAGGUUAGGAUUAGUGGGGCGGACGAGGUGGUUGUCCGCCAAGGGAGCACAAAACAGUCAAAGAUUUCGCUCUAAACGUAUCACUACAAACUAACAAAGAAGCAAACAAUAAUCGAACUCAAAUUCGUUAAACACUAAACACCAAUGAACUUUAAAGUAUAUGAAAUAAAAUUUUAACGGACGACGGGGGGAGGCGAAAUCAAUGGUAAAACUAUGAAACUAAACGUAAAGAUUAACUAUGCAAUUUUAUUGUUAGCCAAAAUUUUAUAAAUGUCAAGUAACGAACAAGUAAAUAUUUAUAUGUAUACAGAAUAUAUCAAGUAAAAAGCAUACGUUAUAUAUCUUUAUAUACUUCGAAAGCAUUAGGCGCUGAUUUGUAGAGUUUUGGCUUGCUUCGAUGUCGUCAAACCGAAUCGGACCGAUCAAAGAUUAAUAAACGUAAAUAAAAGCCGUACUCUUCGGUCUCCAUUCAGACUUGGGGAAGAACUAAAAGUCGUACCCAAAAAUCGAAAGAGUAAAAUGCUCGACAAAGUCACGCACGGCCCGUUCAAAACUCCAGCGCUUAAUGCAAGGCAAGAAUCUACAAUGAGGAAUAUCAAUAAUAUAUUUCAAAUAUACAUACAUAUAUUUAUAUAGGCUUAACGACUCAUAUGCCAGCAGUAUCGGCAACCAACCACAGAACAGAAUAACGAAGUCUAGUAAACAUGAGAUUACAUUUAUACGAAUAUAUAUUAUAUGCUGCAAGUAUGUAAAAGAGCGCAAUAGAAAUGUCCUUUCCUGCUUUCAAUUUAACUUAAAGAAUAACUUUAAAGUAGCGAACAGGAGGAUAAAAGCAAAAGUAAUAUUUAUCAAAGAAACAAAUUGAACAUUUGGUUUUAAAGUUUUUAAAAUGUAGAUCAUACCCGUACCCACAUCCCUGUGCAAUAUGUUCAUUAUUUACCGCUGCGGAAAAUGAAAUAUAUUACAAAUCGCGCGUUAACCAGUUAAACAGAAAGCAUGACAUUAUGGCAACGCAAUAUUAAAUAUGUAAAUAUAUGUGUUUAUGCAUGCAUAUAUAUGUAUAUUUAUCGCAUAGAGCUAACACCAAGGAUACAUGCAUGUUAGCAGAAAUAAUAAAUAAAUAAAUAUGAUCAAAA